AUUUCUCGCCAGUUGUGCUGCGCUCGCGCAUCGUACGAGUUCAUUUAAUAUAUCAUUAAUUGAUUUAUAAUAUAUUACUGUUACCGCGUACGCCGUUUUCGAUCUUUAAGUGCGUGUUGUGUAUUAGUGUUUGUGAAUUUUUUUUCUGUUGAAUUUUUAUAAGAUAUUAACCAAAGAUGGAUCCACUGCAGGUUGAGAUCGUACACUUCUACCCUCGGGAAAAUGCGAAACCACAUAACACAACAAAGUACGAAGUGGUCAAUGAAGAGAACCCGACAGUCACCAUCGUGCGACGUGGCCAGCCGUUCAGUGGAGUCGUGAGGUUCACCAGACCUUACGAUGAAGCCAACGAUAUCAUACAGCUGGUGUUUUCUAUUGGGGACCAGCCAUCGAUGGAUACUGUGGGAAAGAUGUUCAUACGCCGUGAUGCUGUACCAGACAUUCAUGCAUGGACAGCCACUCUCCUAGACGUACAGGAUGGAAACACUGUAUCUUUCAAGGUAUCAGCUCCAGUGACCGCGCCAGUGGGUGCGUGGGUGCUCCGUGUGGUCACAUGGCAGAGAGAUUCCGGAGAACGCACAGUCUACGACUUUGAUCAGGACAUCUACAUCCUCUUCAACCCAUGGAUACCUGAUGACCAGACCUACAUGGAAGACAAAGCUCUUCUCCAGGAGUAUGUGCUCAAUGAUGUGGGCAAAGUAUGGGUUGGUCCGGUGAAGACAACUAGAGGGAAACCAUGGCUGUUCGGUCAGUUUGAUGCUGUUGUGUUGGAUGCCUGCAUGUUCAUGCUGGACAGGGCUGAAUUACCUUUUAAGCAUCGUGGCGACCCAGUAAAGGUGAGCCGAGCCAUCUCCCGUAUUGUGAACUCCAACGACGAUGGUGGUGUACUAGUGGGGCGUUGGGAUGGAGCGUAUGAUGAUGGAACUGCUCCAUCCGAGUGGACUGGCUCCGUGGACAUUCUGGCACAGUUCUUGGAGACACAGGAACCUGUGUCUUAUGGACAGUGCUGGGUCUUCGCUGGUGUAGUUACUACUGUUUGCCGUGCCCUCGGUAUCCCAUCUCGAGUAGUCUCCAACUUAGUAUCAGCUCACGAUGCCAACAGCACCCUGACUGUGGACAAAUACUUCUCGGAAACUAUGGAGGAGCUGGGUUACGAUCCUAGCAACGCUGAGCCAGAACAGACAGACUCCAUCUGGAACUACCACGUCUGGAACGAUGUCUGGAUGUCCAGGCCUGAUCUGCCUGCUGGUUAUGGAGGCUGGCAAGCUAUCGAUGCUACUCCUCAGGAGACCUCACGAGGAAUGUAUCAGUGCGGCCCAGCUCCGCUAGAAGCCAUUAAGCAAGGAGCCAUAGGAAUGAACUACGAUGUAGAAUUCAUGCUGGCUUCAGUCAACGCUGACCUGAUGAAGUGGAGGAUCGAUCCUAACUUGGAAACUGGUUUCGCUAUGGUCGGCAGCAAUACUUACCACAUUGGUCGCAUGAUCCUCACAAAGAAACCAUACGUGUUUGACCCCAACGGUGAUGAGGACCGAGAGGACAUCAUUGACCAAUACAAGUUCAGAGAGGGAACUGCCUCCGAGCGACUCGCCCUCAUGAACGGAGUUCGGUUCUCUGAGAGAGCCAAGAGAUAUUACUCGGUAGCCAGCAGUAUGAAGAAUGACAUCAAUUUCAAACUAUGUGACGUGGACACGGUGCCCAUUGGACAGGACUUCAAGGUCAUCGUGGAAAUUGAGAAUACUUCUGAUGAGGGCCGGAACAUAAAGGCGUCUCUGACAGCGAACAGCGUUUACUACAACGGAGUGAGAGCUGGAGUCAUUAAGAAGGCUGAAGGACAUAUGUUUAUCAGUGCUGGCAAAAAGGACCAGAUCAUGCUGUCGGUGAAAUCAGAUGACUAUCUGCCAAAGUUAGUGGAAUAUGAGAACAUGAAGAUCUCUGCGAUGGCUAUCGUGAUGGAGACCAAGCAAUCCUGGGCAGAGGAGGACGACUUCCAGAUUAUCAAGCCUAAUAUUAACAUUAAGUUCAACGAAGACUUAAUCCUGAACCAGCCGGCAACAGCAGUUCUUUCGUUCACGAAUCCCCUGGACCGUGGCCUGACUGGGUGUGAGUUCAGGCUGUCUUCAUCAGGAAUUGAAGGUCGCACUCUGAAGCUACAGGCUUCUGACGCUGCGGCUAAGGAACCGAUCACCGUGGAGAUACCUAUAUUGCCUAAGAAACUCGGCAGUAUCAACUUUGUGGCGACUUUCAAGUCAGCGGAGCUGAAGGAUAUCAACGGAGCAGCAACAGCCGAAGUGUACGAAGCAUAAAACACCAUAUUGUGGAGACUUUAAGAAAUAUUUUACAUUGCAUUAUUUUUUGUACUAUUCUAGAUUUUUACGAGUAUAUUUUAGUCAUGUUUAUUUAAGAUAUAAAUUUUUUUGUCUUCAAAAAUACGUAAGAAGUAAUAAAAUUUAAGCAUUUUUUUUAGUUUGUGUGAGUCGUAUGUGCCAAUGUAAUUACUUUUAAGAUUAUUUUUUUAUUAUUGUUAGAAAACAUAUAUUAAGAAGGCAGCGCCAAGGAUCAGUACAUUUAGUUUUAAGAGUAAUAAAUAAUUAAAUGGAAUCGAAGCCAUAUCAAAAAUAUAUUUUUUUAUAUUCGAAAUGUGCCAUAGUGUGGCUGGCAUUUUUAUCUUUAUUAGCUUUAUAAUAAAUAUAAUAUUUGUACAAUAAUUUGCAAGUAAUUUCAGAUAUAGAUUUUCUUAUUAUGUAUACAUAUACAUUGGGGACAUAGUCCCGCAAAAUGCAUAAAUAUUGCAAGUUACAAUUAAUAUUUUAUUAUAUAAAAAGUAAUAAAAGUUUUAUAAGUAUA